AAGGAUCCCAACGCACCGAAGAAGGCCAUGACUUCCUUCUUCUACUUUUUGAACGAGAUGCGACCAAAGAUCAAGCAGGAAAAUCCGGACAUGUCGUUUGGAGAGCUCGGGAAGAAGGCGGGGGAACUGUUCAGGGCUCUUAGUACUAAUCAGAAGGAGAAAUACGAAAAAAUGGCCAAAAGUGACAAACUACGCUUCAAGGAGGAAAUGUCGAAGUACAAUGCA